UUUUAGCAAUCCAUACAAUUUUCUUUACUACUAGCGCCAACGUCUCCAAAUCAAUGUCUCUCUCAAAUCAAUCGGGGUAUAUCCACAAGUAGUUUUACAAUUUGUCAAGCAAGUUUUUUUGUUAGCCAAAAUAUUUAUAAUUUUUAAGCAAUCCGAGGGUAUUCUUAUUCGAAAAAAUGUGUUUUACUCCGCCAACAUGACAUAAAGAGCUAGGAAAGUGGUCACCAAGCCGUUUGGACAUCGCAAAAGGUCGUUAGAGUAAUUGAUAACUGGGAAAGGGUUAAAAUAUCUUCGAAGAUUAAGAACACGCUGUGAACAUGGCGUUUUCUAUACGAAAGAUGUUUUCUAAUAUAUCUUAUUUCUCAAAAUCUGGCGACCAAGCUAGUCCAGAUGGGUUUAGUCAAAAUGAUGCUAGAAAUACGAGCUAUAUUAAUGAAUCUACACGCAGCAUGAAUUUUCAAUCUAUUGAGCCCGAUUCUACUUCUAAACUACAUGCAACCAGUCUCAAGCUGCCAGAAUCAGUAAAAAAGUAUGGUGCUAAAAAAGGUUCGUUAUCCGAUACUGAUCUUCUCAAAAGCGAUGAUUUCGGUGCAAAAAAUUAUAGAACAAAGAAUAGAAAUUUAAAAUUGGAUAUAAGGAAAGCCAGCCAGUCUAUGACGGAGUCUCUAUCACAAACGGACAAUCCGUAUAUUGAAAAUACUCCAAAACACAUCUCGUUAGAUUGCAAAAGUGCUGAUUUAUUUAGUCAGAAAUUUAAACAGUUGAAUUUCAGCCGUUCAUUCGAAUUUGAGAUAUCCUCGGAGUCUGAGGAAGAGUUAGAUAUAGAAUCAUUGUCCGAAUGUUCCGAUACGGACGUCUCUGUGAAGGAAGACGAUAAGACUGAUAUCAAAAUGUGCAGAAAAGUCGGGUCCGUCUGCGAGAACCAAUUAGUUCCAUCAGCAACUCCAGAAUCGUUCGGUGAUGUUGAAUUAGACCGCAACGAGGAAGAACGGAUCUCCCUAUUGCUAAACUACCAAAUGAAGUUUGAAAAAAUAGAAUGUGUUUUGAAAAAACUGCUCUCUGAAUUCCAAUUCCAUAUUGAAGUGUCCAAAAUAUUCAACAGCAAAUCUAUUGUCACUGCGUUACCCGGUACAGAUGUUUCUAACAUCCCAAAAAUGUUAGGUCAAGUAACGUAUAUGGACAACGUGAAACGUGACUCUCCAACGGAAUCCUGGAACAUUAUAAUGGAGAAAGAGGACGUAGCUACAAAGUAUAAGUUCCGGAAGCAACUUCUGUCACUCAGACACUGCCUGGACAAUUUCGCAGGGAAUUACUUACAGAAUGAAGAACCAAAGAGAGCGAAGCCAGUUAUUAAACGCAGCAUAACCUUCGAACUUCAUAAAGGCAAGCGUAUUCACAAGAACUUAAAAAUGACAAAUAAAAAACGGCUCAAACAUUUCGAUUUUCCUGACCACAGAGAUGCAUUACUCAAUCUAUUUAAAGAAACCGAUUUUGAUGAGACUGAUACUCAUUUAGACCGGACCGAUGAUGGGUCACAUAAGUGUGCAUGCCAAUGUCAUAAUCAGUCACUUAAUCAGUCAGAUUCCGGUCUUACAAAAGAAAAUCUGUCGAAUCAAUCGAUAACAUCGUCUAUUGGGAACUUUAGCUUGGAUUCUACUACUCUGUCAGCUUACUCUGAGUCUUUAGAUCAGGUUAUAAGCUACAACAGCUUUGAAGAUUCCAGUCUUUUUAAUUCUCUGCAGCAGAAGCCAGCAGUGGAACGUAUAACGUUCUACGUCCAAGCUCACAGCAUACAAAUUCAUUCAUACGCCGAUGGGAUUGAAACCAAGAACUGUAUAUCAUUCUUCUGUCCCGCUUGCGAUAUAACUGAGAGGGAAGAAGACGGUCUACUGAAACAUAUUCUCAGUCAAAAACACUGUGAAAAAAUACACUUUUUAUACAAGAGUGUGUAUAUAAAAAAAUGUGUUGCGUUAGGAAAAGAGAUUCAACCAAGUACGGUUUUAAACCCGAUGACUAUGUACAGAGAUGAUAAUAAGAUAGUUUGCUUUGGGGAUGCUGUGUACGCUUGCUCUUUAUGCUUCGAAAAUAAUAUAGUCGGAGAGUCGAUCCUGAUGGCUCAUUGUGCAGAAGAAAUCCAUGCGGAACGCAAAGAAAAAAUGUAUGAAAUGUUCGAAUGAAUUUACAAGGCAGGACCGGGUAAAACUUUUAUUAACUUUAUUUUAAAAUAACAUGUGCAUUUCGGUCUUUUUUUCAUUUUCUGUUUCGGACUUGCAUGCUUGCAUGUAAUUUUUUAGCUAAUUUUAAAAACAGCUGUUUGUUGACUGUUAAAUUAUAAUUUUUUUUAAAUUUGAACUUAAAAAACAAUUGCUCAAUCCAAAAAUAUAGAGAGAAAAUUUGCCAAUAAAUAGCUGUUUUCUUCCCUAAGCAUAGACAAUGACAUUUUGUAAUCUUUUCUUUUUAUUUUUAAACUUUUUUCUUUAUUUUUUCUUUUACACAAAAAGAUCUUUACAUAAUAUUUUUAUAACUAAGUAAUUGCUAGUCUUUUUUUGUUUUUACAAAAAUCGAUGGUUAUUUAUUAAUUAUUAGUGGAAAUUAUAAAAAGGUGCUCGAUACAAUAGCACAGAUUGUGUUCAAACUUAUGUCUGUCCAUUGUAACAGUUUUAGCGAAAUAUAAAGCCAUUUGCCUGAAUAGUUGUCGCUUUUUCAAAAUCAAAUUCAUUUAUUUGGCUUCAAUCAAUCAAUCAAUUAUGAACAUUUACAACCAUUACAAGCAGUUAUGAACGUCAAAAAUAUAACUAAGUUUGAUUCCAGUUGCCCAUUCCAAAAGUGGCUUCCUAUGGAGAAGAGCGGCCAAGAAACUCCCUGCUCUCGUCUAUGCAACAUAAAAAAAAAAAACUAAAAAAUUCGACUCCAAUAAUGUACCUACCUCAAAUCUUCUCUUAAGUAUGACAAAUACCAUGCUGAAAACCGCACCAAACAAAGAUACAUAGUUACACUCACAAAUAACGUGGCUCCCUAUUGAUUAAAGAAUUUCCAAAAUCGAUUCAAAUAUCCAGAGAUUCAACCAAGAGAGUUAGUCUCCAAGGGGUAUUGGGUUGCCCGGGUAACUGGGUUGAGGAGAUCAGAUAGGCAGUUGCUCCUUGUAAAACAUUAGUACUCAGUUGCAUGCGGUUAGUCUGGAAGCCA